CUUUGAAUUGACCAGUCCAAUCCAUGUCCAUGGCAAGUAUCGUGCAUCCAGUUUUGCUUUUUAUAGAAUACGCGCGUCGGUGGCCAAUUCGUUAUCCUAAAUUCAACUGCUAGAGCGAGAUUGAGGGCGAGCGAGCAGGAAUGGCGUAAGGAACAGGGUCAUUCUUUCCUGAUUUGAGAACGAUUGAGCGACUUUUUGGAUCGGUUGGCUGGUGAAGGCUCCUUAUCUUCCUUUCAUCCAAAGGAUUUACUCCAAGACUAUUAAAGGGCUGGUCCUCUGAGGGCUGGCUUCCAUUGUUCAAUCACGGCUUUAAGGCAAGAGUCUUGUGUCAAAAUUGGAAGGGACAAAGAAUACAUGCAAGCUUUCCCUAAGUUCUUGAUUGCAUCCCCUUCAUUUCACGGUGGGCGUGGUGCCUUGCCCUCUGCUGGUGGGCACCCAGCAGAUCUUACCUUCCUUGCUGGUGGUGGUUACUAAGACAAGCAUUUGACUGAACGGCAUUCCUUGUCACUGGAUUGUCCCGAGAAGUUAAUAUACUGCAUACAGUUUGUUAGUUUGUAAUCACCACUAAACAUCACACUGAAGAAUGGUCCAAGUGAAGCAGGUCGAGGAUGAGAACAUGUGUUCAAAAUAUACAGCAGAUGAGUAUUUAAAAACUCAGAAGUCAUGCAUCAAAGGUAUUAGAUUACCCCUUUAUCAAUUUGGUAAACAUUCUCCCUUGAAUGAUAUUUCCUUCAAAAUGCUUAAAAUGCCUUCAUGCGACCCUCUGGAAGAACAAACCCUAUUGGAGUCUCUACUUCUUGCCAAGUGGGAAGAGAGAUUGUCUGAAGGUCUUUUUAGAUAUGACGUGACUCUUUCUGAAAUUAAGGUAAUAGUGGGCAGGAGAAAGUUCCUUGCUCAGCUGAAUGAAAGCUGGACGGACACUUCUCUGUUACAAUAUGAAGAGAAAAGAAAAUGCGAUCAUGGAAUUUUAUUUCAGACUAAUUGGUUGAAAUGCCACGAGGAAUUGCUCUGUUGCAUUUCAAGUGGCGAAAAUACUGAAUCCAAGCUUAUUUCUGCUGCUCUAGUGCCCAGUAGUUCCAUCCUGGUUCUUAUCAAUGCAACUCCUGUGGAGUAUGGCCAUGUCUUCUUGUUGCCCUGUGGUGUCAACGGUCCACUUCAGUUCCUGGAUGAUAGGUCUUUGGAAAUGCUUUUGAGGAUUGCUGUUGAAAUGAAUAAUUUCUCUCUCUGCCUAUUCUAUGAGUUUUCUACUCCCAGGACUGCAUGUUUAUAUUUUCAGGCAUUGUUCUUUUCCAGCCUUUUACCUGUGGAGGCCAUGACUGCUGAUACCUUCUUUAGUGAUAGCUUGGGGGGAAUUUAUGUUUCUACUAUCACAGGUUACCCUGUUAAGGCCCUCAUAUUCGAGACUAGCUGCAACUUGAAGAAAAUGGGGCAGGUUAUCGCCGAGGUUCUUGCUCAUUUACAGGAGAAAUGCAUUCUGUAUAAUUUGCUGAUUCGUGAUUGUGGCAAAAAGAUUUUCUUAUUUCUUCAGCCACAAGUGUCGGACAAAUCUUCCAUUCUUUCACCUUGGGAAUGUUGGGGUUACUUCUUGUUCAAAUCAAGGUCUGAAUUUGAUCAGGCAACUGAAAACGCCCUGCUUGGUCGGCUUGCUGCCGCUUCACUGGAUGAUGCAGAAUUUCAGGGCGUGAAGCAAUUCUGCUGCGAUGUUGCAAGUAAAGUUGCUUUCUGAUUCUCUGCUACUUUGUAAGCAAUUGUGAAAUGCUUUUGAACUUCUGUGUGUAUGCACUCGGUUGAAAUUUUUUUUGUCUUUUUUUUUGGGAAACUUUUUUGUCAGUUAAAAUUUUCUUUUUGUCAAUUGAACUUAAGAGAGUUACACAUGCUGAAUACUGUACUGGGUAGUUCUAUAUGUUACUUGGAUGUAAUAGUAAUGACAUCUAUAUGGUCGUGUACUGAUAAAUAUACAUACUGUGGUGUGCAAUUGUGUC